AUGCGCGCGAGCGGGCGACGUUUCGGGGGGAGACGUUUGCGGGGGGCGCGGGUCCCCGGAGAAGGUGCGCGCGAGCGGGCGACGUUUCGGGGGGAGACGUUUGCGGGGGGCGAGGGUCCCCAGAAAAGGUGCGCGCGAGCGGGCGACGUUUCGGGGGGAGACGUUUGCGGGGGGCGCGGGUCCCCGGAGAAGGUGCGCACGAGCGGACGACGUUUCGGGGGGAGACGUUUGCGGGGGGCGCGGGGGUCCGGAGAAGGUGCGCACGAGCGGGCGACGUUUCGGGGGGAGACGUUUGCGGGGGGCGAGGGUCCCCGGAGAAGGUGCGCGCGAGCGGGCGACGUUUCGGGGGGAGACGUUUGCGGGGGGCGCGGGUCCCCGGAGAAGGUGCGCGCGAGCGGGCGGCGUUUCGGGGGGAGACGUUUGCGGGGGGCGCGGGUCCCCGGAGAAGGUGCGCGCGAGGGGGCGGCGUUUCGGGGGGAGACGUUUGCGGGGGGCGCGGGUCCCCGGAGAAGGUGCGCGCGAGCGGGCGACGUUUCGGGGGGAGACGUUUGCGGGGGGCGCGGGUCCCCGGAGAAGGUGCGCGCGAGCGGGCGACGUUUCGGGGGGAGACGUUUGCGGGGGGCGCGGGUCCCCGGAGAAGGUGCGCGCGAGCGGACGACGUUUCGGGGGGAGACGUUUGCGGGGGGCGCGGGUCCCCGGAGAAGGUGCGCACGAGCGGACGACGUUUCGGGGGGAGACGUUUGCGGGGGGCGAGGGUCCCCGGAGAAGGUGCGCGCGAGCGGGCGACGUUUCGGGGGGAGACGUUUGCGAGGGGCGCGGGUCCCCGGAGAAGGUGCGCGCGAGCGGGCGGCGUUUCGGGGGGAGACGUUUGCGGGGGGCGCGGGUCCCCGGAGAAGGUGCGCGCGAGCGGGCGGCGUUUCGGGGGUAGACGUUUGCGGGGGGCGCGGGUCCCCGGAGAAGGUGCGCGCGAGCGGGCGGCGUUUCGGGGGGAGACGUUUGCGGGGGGCGCGGUUCCCCGGAGAAGGUGCGCGCGAGCGGGCGGCGUUUCGGGGGGAGACGUUUGCGGGGGGCGCGGGUCCCCGGAGAAGGUGCGCGCGAGCGGGCGACGUUUCGGGGGGAGACGUUUGCGGGGGGCGCGGGUCCGCGGAGAAGGUGCGCGCGAGCGGACGACGUUUCGGGGGGAGACGUUUGCGGGGGGCGCAGGGGUCCGGAGAAGGUGCGCGCGAGCGGGCGACGUUUCGGGGGGAGACGUUUGCGGGGGGGGCGGGUCCCCGGAGAAGGGUCCCCAGAAAAGGUGCGCGCGAGCGGGCGACGUUUCAGGGGGAGACGUUUGCGGGGGGCGCGGGUCCGCGGAGAAGGUGCGCACGAGCGGACGACGUUUCGGGGGGAGACGUUUGCGGGGGGCGCGGGGGUCCGGAGAAGGUGCGCGCGAGCGGGCGACGUUUCGGGGGGAGACGUUUGCGGGGGGCGCGGGGGUCCGGAGAAGGUGCGCGCGGGCGGGCGACGUUUUGGGGGGAGACGUUUGCGGGGGUUGCGAGGGUCCCCGGAGAAGGUGCGCGCGAGCGGGCGACGUUUCGGGGGGAGACGUUUGCGGGGGGCGCGGGUCCCCGGAGAAGGUGCGCGCGAGCGGGCGACGUUUCGGGGGGAGACGUUUGCGGGGGGCGCGGGUCCCCGGAGAAGGUGCGCGCGAGCGGGCGACGUUUCGGGGGGAGACGUUUGCGGGGGGCGCGGGUCCCCGGAGAAGGUGCGCGCGAGCGGGCGACGUUUCGGGGGGAGACGUUUACGGGGGGCGCGGGUCCCCGGAGAAGGUGCGCGCGAGCGGGCGACGUUUCGGGGGGAGAUGUUGCGGGGGGCGCGGCUCCUCGGAGAAAGUGCGCGCGAGCGGGCUACGUUUCGGGGGGAGACGUUUGCGGGGGGCGCGGGUCCCAGGACAAGGUGCGCGCGAGCGGGCGACGUUUCGGGGGGAGACGUUUGCAAGGGGCGAGGGUCCCCAGAGAAGGUGCGCGCGAGCGGGCGACGUUUCGGGGGGAGAUGUUGCGGGGGGCGCGGCUCCUCGGAGAAGGUGCGCGCGAGCGGGCUACGUUUCGGGGGGAGACGUUUGCGGGGGGCGCGGGUCCCAGGAGAAGGUGCGCGCGAGCGGGCGACGUUUCCGGGGGAGACGUUUGCGGGGGGCGCGGGUCCCCGGAGAAGGUGCGCGCGAGCGGGCGACGUUUCGGGGGGAGACGUUUGUGGGAGGCGUGGGUCCCCGGAGAAGGUGCGCGCGAGCGGGCGACGUUCAGGGGGAGACGUUUGCGGGGGGCGCGGGGGUCCGGAGAAGGUGCGCGCGAGCGGGCGACGUUUCGGGGGGAGACGUUUGCGGGGGGCGCGGGUCCCCGGACAAGGUGCGCGCGAGCGGGCGACGUUUCGGGGGGAGACGUUUGCGGGGGGGGGCGGGUCCCCGGAGAAGGUGCGCGAGAGCGGGCGACGUUUCGGGGGGAGACGCUUGCGGGUCUCGCGUGGGUCCAGAGAAGGUGCGCGCGAGGUGGAGACAUUUCGGGGGGAGACGUUUGCGGGGGGCGCGGGGGUGCGGAAAAGGUGCGCGCGAGCGGGCGACGUUUCGGGGGGAGACGUUUGCGGGGGGGGCGGGUCCCCGGAGAAGGUGCGCGCGAGCGGGCGACGUUUCGGGGGGAGACGUUUGCGGGGGGGGGGCGGGUCCCCGGAGAAGGUGCGCGCGAGCGGGCGACGUUUCGGGGGGAGACGUUUGCGGGGGGCGCGGGUCCCCGGAGAAGGUGCGCGCGAGCGGGCGACGUUUCGGGGGGAGACGUUUGCGGGGGGCGAGGGUCCCCAGAAAAGGUGCGCGCGAGCGGGCGACGUUUCGGGGGGAGACGUUUGCGGGGGGCGCGGGUCCCCGGAGAAGGUGCGCACGAGCGGACGACGUUUCGGGGGGAGACGUUUGCGGGGGGCGCGGGGGUCCGGAGAAGGUGCGCACGAGCGGGCGACGUUUCGGGGGGAGACGUUUGCGGGGGGCGAGGGUCCCCGGAGAAGGUGCGCGCGAGCGGGCGACGUUUCAGGGGGAGACGUUUGCGAGGGGCGCGGGUCCCCGGAGAAGGUGCGCGCGAGCGGGCGGCGUUUCGGGGGGAGACGUUUGCGGGGGGCGCGGGUCCCCGGAGAAGGUGCGCGCAGGCGGGCGACGUUUCGGGGGGAGACGUUUGCGGGGGGCGCGGGUCCCCGGAGAAGGUGCGCGCGAGCGGGCGACGUUUCGGGGGGAGACGUUUGCGGGGGGCGCGGGUCCCCGGAGAAGGUGCGCGCGAGCGGGCGACGUUUCGGGGGGAGACGUUUGCGGGGGGCGCGGGUCCCCGGAGAAGGUGCGCGCGAGCGGGCGACGUUUCGGGGGGAGACGUUUGCGGGGGGCGCGGGUCCCCGGAGAAGGUGCGCACGAGCGGACGACGUUUCGGGGGGAGACGUUUGCGGGGGGCGAGGGUCCCCGGAGAAGGUGCGCGCGAGCGGGCGACGUUUCGGGGGGAGACGUUUGCGGGGGGCGCGGGUCCCCGGAGAGAGUGCGCGCGAGCGGGCGACGUUUCGGGGGGAGACGUUUGCGGGGGGCGCGGGUCCCCGGAGAAGGUGCGCGCGAGCGGGCGACAUUUCGGGGGGAGACGUUUGCGGGGGGCGCGGGUCCCCGGAGAAGGUGCGCGCGAGCGGGCGACGUUUCGGGGGGAGACGUUUGCGGGGGGGCGCGGGUCCCCGGAGAAGGUGCACACGAGCGGACGACGUUUCGGGGGGAGACGUUUGCGGGGGGCGAGGGUCCCCGGAGAAGGUGCGCGCGAGCGGGCGACGUUUCGGGGGGAGACGUUUGCGAGGGGCGCGGGUCCCCGGAGAAGGUGCGCGCGAGCGGGCGGCGUUUCGGGGGGAGACGUUUGCAGGGGGCGCGGGUCCCCGGAGAAGGUGCGCGCGAGCGGGCGACGUUUCGGGGGGAGACGUUUGCGGGGGGCGCGGUUCCCCGGAGCAGGUGCGCGCGAGCGGGCGACGUUUCGGGGGGAGACGUUUGCGGGGCUCGCGGGGGUCCGGAAAAGGUGCGCGCGAGCGGGCGACGUUUCGGGGGGAGACGUUUGCGGGGGGCGCGGGGGUCCGGAAAAGGUGCGCGCGAGCGGGCGACGUUUCGGGGGGAGACGUUUGCGGGGGGCGCGGGGGUCCGGAAAAGGUGCGCGCGAGCGGGCGACGUUUCGGGGGGAGACGUUUGCGGGGGGCGCGGGGGUCCGGAAAAGGUGCGCGCGAGCGGGUGACGUUUCGGGGGGAGACGUUUGCGGGGGGCGUGGGGGUCCGGAGAAGAUGCGCGCGAGCGGGAGACGUUUCGGGGGGAGACGUUUGCGGGGCUCGCGCGUGUCCGAGAAAGGUGCGCGCGAGCGGGCGACGUUUCGGGGGGAGACGUUUGCGGGGCUCGCGCGUGUCCGGAGAAGAUGCGCGCGAGCGGGAGACGUUUCGGGGGGAGACGUUUGCGGGGGGCGCGGGGGUCCGGAGAAGGUGCGCGCGAGCGGGCGACGUUUCGGGGGGAGACGUUUGCGGGGGGCGCGGGGGUCCGGAGAAGGUGCGCGCGAGCGGGCGACGUUUCGGGGGGAGACGUUUGCGGGGGGCGCGGGUCCCCGGAGAAGGUGCGCGCGAGCGGGCGACGUUUCGGGGGGAGACGUUUGCGGGGGGCGCGGGUCCCCGGAGAAGGUGCGCGCGAGCGGGCGACGUUUCGGGGGGAGACGUUUGCGGGGGGCGCGGGUCCGCGGAGAAGGUGCGCGCGAGCGGACGACGUUUCGGGGGGAGACGUUUGCGGGGGGCGCGGGGGUCCGGAGAAGGUGCGCGCGAGCGGGCGACGUUUCGGGGGGAGACGUUUGCGGGGGGGGCGGGUCCCCGGAGAAGGUGUGCGCGAGCGGGCGACGUUUCGGGGGGAGACGUUUGCGGGGGGCGCGGGUCCCCGGAGAAGGUGCGCGCGAGCGGGCGACGUUUCAAGGGGAGACGUUUGUGGGGGCCGCGGGGGUCCGGAGAAGGUGCGCGCGAGCGGGUGACGUUUCGGGGGGAGACGUUUGCGGGGGGCGCGGGUCCCCAGAAAAGGUGCGCGCGAGCGGGCGACGUUUCAGGGGGAGACGUUUGCGGGGGGCGCGGGUCUCCGGAGAAGGUGCGCGCGAGCGGGCGACGUUUCGGGGGGAGACAUUUGCGGGGGGCGAGGGUCCCCGGAGAAAGUGCGCGCGAGCGGGCGACGUUUCGUGGGGAGACGUUUGCGGGGGGGGCGGGUCCCCGGAGAAGGUGCGCGCGAGCGGGCGACGUUUCGGGGGGAGACGUUUGCGGGGGGCGCGGGUCCCCGGAAAAGGUGCGCGCGAGCGGGCGACGUUCGGGGGGAGACGUUUACGGGGGGCGCGGGUCCCCGGAGAAGGUGCGCGCGAGCGGGCGACGUUUCGGGGGGAGACGUUUGCGGGGGGCGCGGGUCCCCGGAGAAGGUGCGCACGAGCGGACGACGUUUCGGGGGGAGACGUUUGCGGGGGGCGCGGGUCCCCGGAGAAGGUGCGCGCGAGCGGGCGACGUUUCGGGGGGAGACGUUUGCGGGGGGCGUGGGGGUCCGGAGAAGGUGCGCGCGGGCGGGCGACGUUUUGGGGGGAGACGUUUGCGGGGGUUGCGAGGGUCCCCGGAGAAGGUGCGCGCGAGCGGGCGACGUUUCGGGGGGAGACGUUUGCGGGGGGCGCGGGUCCCCGGAGAAGGUGCGCGCGAGCGGGCGACGUUUCGGGGGGAGACGUUUGCGGGGGGCGCGGGUCCCCGGAGAAGGUGCGCGCGAGCGGGCGACGUUUCGGGGGGAGACGUUUGCGGGGGGCGCGGGUCCCCGGAGAAGGUGCGCGCGAGCGGGCGACGUUUCAGGGGGAGACGUUUGCGGGGGGCGCGGGUCCCUGGAGAAGGUGCGCGCGAGCAGGCGACGUUUCGGGGGGAGAUGUUGCGGGGGGCGCGGCUCCUCGGAGAAAGUGCGCGCGAGCGGGCUACGUUUCGGGGGGAGACGUUUGCGGGGGGCGCGGGUCCCAGGACAAGGUGCGCGCGAGCGGGCGACGUUUCGGGGGGAGACGUUUGCGGGGGGCGCGGGGGUCCGGAGAAGGUGCGCGCGAGCGGGCGACGUUUCGGGGGGAGACGUUUGCAAGGGGCGAGGGUCCCCAGAGAAGGUGCGCGCGAGCGGGCGACGUUUCGGGGGGAGAUGUUGCGGGGGGCGCGGCUCCUCGGAGAAGGUGCGCGCGAGCGGGCUACGUUUCGGGGGGAGACGUUUGCGGGGGGCGCGGGUCCCAGGACAAGGUGCGCGCGAGCGGGCGACGUUUCCGGGGGAGACGUUUGCGGGGGGCGCGGGUCCCCGGAGAAGGUGCGCGCGAGCGGGCGACGUUUCGGGGGGAGACGUUUGUGGGAGGCGCGGGUCCCCGGAGAAGGUGCGCGCGAGCGGGCGACGUUCAGGGGGAGACGUUUGCGGGGGGCGCGGGGGUCCGGAGAAGAGAAGGUGCGCGCGAGGAGGAGACAUUUCGGGGGGAGACGUUUGCGGGGGGCGCGGGGGUGCGGAAAAGGUGCGCGCGAGCGGGCGACGUUUCGGGGGGAGACGUUUGCGGGGGGCGCGGGGGUCCGGAGAAGUUGCGCGCGAGCGGGCGAGGUUUCAGGGGGAGACGUUUGCGGGGGGCGCGGGGGUCCGUAGAAGGUGCGCGCGAGCGGGCGAGGUUUCGGGGGGAGGCGUUUGCGGGGGGCGCGGGGGUCCGGAGAAGGUGCGCGCGAGCGGGCGACGUUUCGGGGGGAGACGUUUGCAGGGGGCGCGGGGGUCCGGAGAAGGUGCGCGCGAGCGGGCGACGUUUCGGGGGGAGACGUUUGCGGGGGGCGCGGGUCCCCGGAGAAGGUGCGCGCGAGCGGGCGACGUUUCGGGGGGAGACGUUUGCGAAGGGCGCGGGUCCCCGGAGAGGUGCGCGCGAGCGGGCGACGUUUCGGGGGGAGACGUUUGCGGGGGGCGCGGGUCCCCGGAGAAGGUGCGCGCGAGCGGGCGACGUUUCGGGGGGAGACGUUUGCGCGGGGCGCGGGUCCCCGGAGAAGGUGCGCGCGAGCGGGCGACGUUUCGGGGGGAGACGUUUGCGCGGGGCGCGGGUCCCCGGAGAAGGUGCGCGCGAGCGGGGGACGUUUCGGGGGGAGACGUUUGCGGGGGGCGCGGGUCCCCGGAGAAGGUGA